CAGGCUGCGCGUUGUUGCGGUGUGUGCGUGCGUGCUGACGGGCUGACGGAGCCGGUGCACCGGUAGCCUCAGUGCUGUACUAUGGACCUGCGGAGCAGCGCUGAGACAGACCCGGAUCUCUCCGAAUACCACGCCGGAUCCGUCCCGACGGAGCUGCUGCAGUCCAGGAAGCAGGAGCAGGAGAAGCUGUCGGGGGUGGUGAAGAGCGUGCACCGAAAACUCCGCAGGAAAUACAUUGAAGUGGGAGAUUUCGAGAAAAUAUGGCGUGAACAUUGUGAAGACGAACAGACUCUCAGCGAAUAUGCCAUGGCCAUGAAGAACCUGGCUGACAACCACUGGGCGAAUAAAUGUGAGGGCGAGGGGCGCAUCGAGUGGUGCCGCAGUGUUUGUCAGGAGUACUUCCAGGAUGGAGGGAUGAGGCGAGUGUUGGAGAAGGAUGAGAAGAGCGCUAGACAUGCAGCAGCUGGGAAUAACACGCCUGCAAACACUCUACCACAAUCAUCCUCUUCAAGUAACAGCUCGAUGUUCCAGCUUGGGAGGAUAAGACUGUUGGAUGUGGGCAGCUGUUUCAAUCCCUUUCUGAAGUUUGAUGAGUUUCUGACUGUCGGUAUCGACAUUGUGCCGGCAGUAGAGAGCGUCUACAAAUGCGACUUUCUCAACCUGCAGCUGCAGCAGCCCCUGCAGCUGGCCAGCGAUGCCUUGGAUGCCUUCCUGCGGCAGCUGCGCGGCCCCAUCGACGCUUUACCUGCCCAGCUAUUUCAUGUGGUAGUCUUCUCCCUGCUUCUCUCCUACUUCCCCUCACCCUACCAGCGCUGGCUCUGCUGCAAGAAAGCACAUGAACUCCUGACCCUGAACGGCCUGCUUCUCAUCAUCACCCCUGACUCCUCCCACCAGGGCAGGCAUGCGCUUAUGAUGCGCAGCUGGCGGGUUGCGGUGGAGUCUCUAGGCUUCAAGCGCUACAAGUACGUCAAGUUCUCCCACAUGCACCUGAUUGCUUUCCGCAAGGUGUCGCCCACCACCAGCAGCGACCUGGUCAGCCGAAACUACCCGGAGAUGCUUUACAUCCCGCAGGACUUUAACACGCUCGACGAGGACGGAUUCGGAGAUUGCUACGAGCCACCGCGCUCUGAUUUCGAGGACGACCAGUUGGCAUGUAGCUUCGCGGAAUUGCCAGACACGCCGUACGAUUCUGACUCAGGCGAGAGCCAGAGCAGCUCGGCUCCCUUCCACGAGCUGGAAGACCCUAUUUUGCUGCAGAGCUGAACUUGUUUACUGCCCUUCUUGAUAUUUAGUAUCCUACCUUCGUGCUGCCAAAAUUGCUCCGCUGCGUUUGUGUACUCAACCCCUUUUUAAGCAGCAAAAAGUUUGCACAGAGUGAAUGAGGACGUUUAAGUGGGCGUUGAUUUUUAAGAGCGUGCAAGACAUCCUUUUGAACACAAAUGUACACACUAAACAAUCUUAACAAUCUUAAAGAAAUAGAAGUGAGGUGGUUUUGUAACAGCAAGCUGUGUGAUUUCAGGUCGAGGAAGAUUUUGCUCACCCACUUUGGCUGUUUUCUCAUUUAGAACGACUGUCAACUGGACAAACCUUUUCAGACUAGCUUAACUUAUACCUUAGGCGUAGUUAUCGUUGUUGUCAAAAGAUCCAACCUUUUGGUCGGAGUAACCCUACUGUCUUUCUCAGCUGAAUUUCGUAAAAGGAUAGUUCACCCAAAAAUGAACAAUCAGUCAUUAUUUACCCAUCCUCAUGUUGUUUCAAAACUGUAAGACUUCCGUCUUCUCUGAAAUGCAUACAUUUGAAAAAACGCCUCAGUGUAUAUUUGUUGAUACAAUGAAAGACUUUCAAUGUUACUAAGUGUUACACUGAAAUGAAAGUUACAGUGAAAUUCAAUUGACUUCCAUUGUAUGGACACAAACAGUUCAACAUUAAAAAAGAAAAAGUUUACGGUUUUGGAACAUGGUGGUGAUUAAAUGAUGACAAAAUUGUCCAAGUUUGCUGGACGUUUUAGAUGGCCAUUUUGUCCAUCUGUUCUAACAACUUUUUGGAAUAGCCUUUACCAAUGAUAUUUCUAGCAAUUAAAGUCAAUGGGGUCCAAAACAACAUGGUUUUGGACCCCAUUGGCUUUCAUUGUUACUAAAAGUUGCUAAAUGUAUGACUUCCGUCUUCUCUGAAAUGUAUACAUUUAAAACAAAACACAGUGUAAUUUUGUUCAUACAAUCAAAGUCAGUGGGGUCCAAAACAACAUCAUUUUGAACGCCAUUGACUUUUAUAUUGAAUUAAAUAGAUCCCACUGGCUUUCAUUGUUACUAAAAUCUAAAUGACUUCCAUUGUAUGGACAAAAGCAGUUUUCACUGGACGUUUUAGAUGGCAAUUUCGUCUAUCUGUUCUACCAACUUUUUGGAAUAGCUUUUAUCAAUGAUAUUUGUAGCAAUCAAAGUCAAUGGGGUCCAAAACAAUAUCAGUUUGGACCCCUUUGACUUUCAUUACUAAUAAAAGUUACAUUGAAAUUAAAGUUACAAUGAAAGCCAAUGGGUUCCAAAACAACGUUGUUUUGGACCCCACUGACUUCCACUGUAUGGACAAAACAGUUCAACAUUAAAAUAAAAAAGUCAUACAGUUUAAAAAUGUGGUGGUGAAUAAAUUAGCUUUGCAUGAGCUAACCAAUUAAUGGUUUGAUUCUUAGCAAGUUUCCACUAGAUGUUUUAGAUGACAAUUUCGUCCAUCUUUUCUACCAAGUUUUUGGAAUAACUUUUUUUAAUGAUAUUUGUAGCAGUUAAAGUCAAUGGGGUCCAAAACAAUAUCAGUUUGGACCCCAUUGACUUUGAUUGUUACUAAAAGUUGACAAUGAAAGCCAAUGGGUUCCAGAACAAUGUUGUUUUGGACCCCAUUGACUUCCAUUGUAAAGACAACAGUUCAGCAUUCAAGUUUAAAAAAAAAAGUCAUACAGUUUAGAAAUAUGGUGGUAAUUAAAUGAGCUUUGCAAUUAAUGGGUUCUUAGCAAGUUUUCACUGGAUGUUUUAGAUGGCAAUUUCGUCCAUCUCUUCUACCGGCUUUUUGGAAUAGCCUUUAUCAAUGAUAUUUGUAGCAAUCAAAGUCUGUAGGGUCCAAAACAAUAUUUUUUUGGACCCCACUGACUUUCAUUUUUACUUAAAGUUACAUUGAAAUAAAAGUUACAAUAAAAGCCAACUGGGUCUAAAUCAGUGUUGUUUUGGACCCCAUUGACUUCCAUUGUAUUGACAAAACAAUAAAUAAAAUAAAAAAAAGUCAUACAGUUUUGAAACACGAUGGUGAUUAAAUGAUGACACAAUUUUCCAUUUUUGCGUGAACUAUCUGAUUAAUGGUUUGAUUCUUAGCAAGUUUUCACUGGAUGUCUUAGAUGGCAAUUUCAGCCAUCUGUUCUACCAACUUUUUGGAAUAGCCUUUAUCAAUGAUAUUUGUAGCAUUUUAAGUGUCUGCAGAACUUGUGCGUGUUUGGUUAUGUGACAUUGUAACUGUGAAUGUGGAUUUCUCGCUUCAACAAGGUACAAAUCCUGCGAAGUAGUCGUAGUUUUUCAGAACAAACAAUCUUGCAGGUGACCAGAUUGGAUGCAUGCGUUGUGAUAACAUGUUUCUAAUCUAGCGAUCAAACGGCCUGAAAGUAGCUGCGUGUCUGCCUUGGUUUUCAUUUCAACCGCUAUUAUAAACCAGUAAUAUCUGAGUACUUGUCAGUAGUACGUAGUAUGGAACAGGUUAGAAUUCUCUGCAUUUCGCCAUAAUGUGACUUUAUUGAGUAGGAUGAUUGUUUACUCUUGACUGUUUACUCUCGAAACCUUCGGUUGCUCUAAAUCCUGUAUCGUUAUCUGGUGUAUAUCCCGUUUUUCAGUACAUUAUUUUCAUUUCCUGCUUUCACUUACAAAAUAUAACUUUUAAGGUACAAAAGUUUGGAAAGUUGCCAAAUGUUGAUUUGAAGUACUACAAAAAGAUUGUCGUGUAUCACUGUAUGUUUUUAGCUCUGUAUGUAACUGCAGAACCUGCAGCUUUUGUAUUCACUCCAGGUUUUUAAAAACACUAUUUUGACUGUCCAAGCACAUAUUUGCACGUUUUCGAUAACACCCUUUGUAGGGUUGGCAAAAUAUCGAUAUUGGCAUCAGCACUUCAUUAGAACAGCAAUACGUCAUAAUCAUAAACGGUCAGAAAUUCCCCAUAUCACUGUAACCUGGCAGUUGUAACUGAUAUUAGGCACUGUUUUCUAUUGUAUUUGUGUGGUUACCGCUUGGUAAACCUGCUGACGUGAGAAUAUGCUGUGAUGGGUCUUUACUCUCGAAGGAGUGUGUGAGAUGUACAUUGGGGUUCUGUUGAAGUAUCUAUGUGAGGUUUUGGUGUUAGGCACUUUAAAUGUGUGAUAGGGUUGCCAAAAAUAAGUGUGGAAAGAUUUGAAAUGGUGAUCUUUCAGGGUAUCAGGAAAAAAAAAAAUCCUCCUUAAGGUGCCUUCAAACCCAAAUUGUAUUUUUGCAUUUGUGAUUAUAUAGACUGGAUUCAAGGCUACUGAUUGUCAUUUUAAAAAGUGCGAUAAUUUCUCUCCCACAAUAAACAGUCACAGUACAUACCUUCAGUGAAUUAACCAGCUCUUGGGAAACAAAAAUGACUAGAAUACUGCCCUGUUAGCAAUAGCAUUUAAAGGCGUUCUUUAGUCUGUACUCGAUUUAUAAAUCUGAGAAAAAAAGUUUUAAAACCAUAAAAAAAAGCUUUGUACUAUAUUGUUUACUUGGUGGUGUGUUCAGGCAUUUCACAUAUCAAAUGUCUUUGUCUUCCCCAGGCUCUAAUCCACUGUUUGCAUGAUUGAUUUUCUUUAUCAGUGUUACGAUGGUUGACUCCCACAGAACCAGACUAUUUGUGAGGAAUAUUGUUAUUCAUCUUUUAUAAAUAAAGGUUUUUGUCGCCUUC